AAAACCUACAACCCAGCGACCUACUUGUGAGCUUCGAUGUCAUAUCCCUCUUCACCCAAGUGCCUAUUAAAGAAGCCUUGACAGCAAUCCAAAACAUAUACAACCCCUCUAAACACAUCCUAGAUCUGACCAACCACUGCCUAACCAACACAUACUUCAUCCACAAUGGACAAAGAUACAAACAGAUAGAAGGAGCACCUAUGGGAUCACCCCUCUCACCCGUCAUCACUAACCUAUACAUGGAACACUUUGAAACCAACACCUUAGAUAAACCUGAACACAAACCCAAACUCUGGCUGAGAUAUGUAGAUGACACUUUCGUAAUUUGGCUACAUGGGAAAGAAAAACUGGACAAUUUCCUCACACAUCUCAAGAGCCUAUACCCCAAAAUACAAUUUACUAUGGAAACAGAAGCUAACAACAAACUUCCCUUUCUGGAUGUCCUAAUCUACAAAAAACCCAAUGGCUCCCUAGGACACACCAUCUACAAGAAAAAAACACACACCAACCACUACUUAAACACACAAUCACAUCACCACCCUGCACAGAUCAACUCCCUAGCCCAGACUCUCAUUUCUAGAACCAAAUGCCUAGCCGACAAAGACCACCUGAAAGCUGAUUUACAUACUCUCACAAAUUAAUCUCUAAGGGAUUCCAAAGAAACACAAUUACCAACCUAAUCCAAAGGGAGACACUCCCCAAGAAUCGAGACAGAGAACAGGACAACGGCAUCACCCUCCUUCCUUACAUCAAAGGCACCACAGAUAAAAUCAGCAAAAUUCUCCACAAACACAAUAUUAAGACAGUCUUCUGCACUGACCAAAAAAAAGCCAACAUCUUAAGAAACCCCACAGACGAGAUCCAGCUAGAAAACCAAGGGCUGUGAAAUACCAUGCAAAAUCUGCCCAUACAUUGGACAAACUAAUAUGAGAAUAAAUGCACGCAUUGCAGAACACAAGAGUGCAAUCAGAAAAAAAGAAAAAACUUCCUCCCUUUUCCAGCACCUUAAAGCAACAGGACAUGAAAUUGAUUUUGAAGGAACCAAAUUAAUCUCCAAAACUGAACACUUCAACAAGAGAAUAAUUAUGGAAGCCAUCGAAAUAGAAAAACACCCCAAUAACAUGAAUAAACAUGAUGAUACCUCCCACCUACCAGACAUCUGGAAACUAGCCCUUGUCAACAAAUGAGUCCCAGCACCCACAGACAGAAAAAUCUACACACCAGAAGCCAAACACACACACCCUGAGACCUCCAGCCAAAACAUACCCCAGCCAGUCACAAAGAUGAAGCCCUGCCACCUGGUGGAGAACAGCCGACCAUACACACAAAGCCAAGCCAAUAGACACAGACUAGGACUCCCAAUCAAUCAGGAUGAAGAGGUGGGGCCAUCCAAACAAAGCAUGCUGCCAGCACCAGAUUUGAAACAGUAACGGCUGUUGCUGUUAAAGAACCCUUGCACAGGCCUGAUGAUGGCAGAUGAGAUUCUGCCGAAAUGAAACAUUGCCAAGAUACUCUCAAUCUUACACGGAAAAGACCUGAAUACACCAAGAUAUAUAUAUAGUUUUAUUAUUUUAGAUUAUUUAAAAUGGCCAUAAUUCCCAAGAUAGCAUUGAGAUAUUUGGGAUAAAAGAUAAGCUCUUAUGUCACUUUAAUUGGUAUGAAUCUAAGUGAAUUAUAAAAAAAUUAAAGGAAUAUGCAGGAUCACAAAGGUUAUGAGAUUUCUGGACUAGAAAAUCUACCAAAUGGACCAGGAAUCCUUGUUUACUACCAUGGAGCCAUACCUAGUGACUAUUUUUUUUUUGUUCAAAGGAUUUAUAGACUCACUGGGAAAUUCAUCUACUCUGUGUUAGAUCAUGCUAUUUUUCAUAUACCAGGAAUCAGACUAUUCCUUUCCAUCUGUAAUACUGAUCAUCCUACAAGAGAAAAAUGUUUAAAUGUUCUGAAACAAGGGCAGCUGAUGGGAGUUGCACCAGGAGGAGUACGAGAGCAAAAUUAUGGAAAUAAUCACUAUAAACUAAUAUGGGGAAAACGGAAAGGAUUUGCUCAAAUAGCUAUAGAUGCAAAAGUGCCAGUCAUCCCUUUGUUUACCCAAAAUAUUAGAGAAGGGUAUAUAUCAUAUGGAAAUAUAAGACCAAUGAGAUGGUUUUAUGAGCGAAACCGAUGGUUAAUCUUUCCCUUAUAUGGAGGAUUUCCAGUUAAAUUUAUAACCCAUAUUGGAGAACAAAUUCCAUAUGAUCCAAAUAUAAGUCCUGAAAAAUUAACUGAAAAAACUCAAAGGGCAAUAGAGGCUUUACAGAACAAACACCAGAAAAUCCCAGGAAGCAUACUGCAUGCUCUUAAGCAACGCUUUGAGACACGUAACAAAGAUAAACAGUGAUAUAACAACAGUCUCUGUAAAUGAUAUAUAUGCGUAGAUGAUAUAUGUAUAAGUGUAGUACAGAUUUACCACCACACUUUUCUUAAACAAAAUGUAAGAGCAAAUUGAGAUGGAUGAGAAUAUCUACCGUAUUUACUUCAAUGUGUUUAAAUCUUCAACAUCAGAUUAAAAUUCAUUUGAAAACACCAAAGGCAAAGCAUUACAUGAUAAUCUUUCCACACCCUUAUGAAUUAUACAGUGAACUGGCAGAUGACUGAAGGAGGCCAACUUUUAUUCCUACCUUGGAAAAUGAAAAAUCACAUGACAUCAACAAUUUGGACAAUUUUAGAGGACAUACUGUGAUCAUCAAGGAGAUUUAUCCUAAAACGCUUUGAAAACCAUCACCAAGAAACUUGCCUCAUCUAAUUUUUUUUUUCAGAUAGCUUCCACAAUAGGCUGUAGAAAUUUUGUAAAGAUAAUAUAUCUUAAUUUUUUUUACAAAGUAGUUGACAGAGUACUUCAUUGUGACUAGCACUACAGGCUAUGUAAAGGAUUCAUAGCGAUUAAUUGGCUGCACUUAUAUAGUCCAGUAAAUAUUUUCACAGUCCUUUAAA